AUGCGGCGCGGGCGGUGGCUGCUGAACGUCUCCAAAAGAGCCUACACGGCUUGCACGCUACCACCAGCCCAAUUCGGGCUCGAGAAUGCCGGGCAGUUGUAUGAGAUACCCAAGGACCAAUGCGAGCGCCUACACUUCAACAAAUUCCUGCCCUCAACCAUGGUCAAGCAGGUGCAAACGCUUGGAGAAUGCGUCAGCAUGAUUCGCCAACCGUUACUGGAGGUCUCCAACAUAAUCAAAGUCGCCCGUCCGACCUUUCCGGCUAUCCGGAUCUGCCUUUGGGGCCCCUUCGGCACUGGGAAAUCUAUGACACUGCAUCAGGCUGUCCAUCUGGCUCACACUGAUGGCUGGGUCAUCAUUUAUCAAAAGUCGGCCACCGAGAUUACCAGGAGGGUGAAAGAAGUGGAGAUGUCGUCCUAUAUCACCGGGCGGAUCAACGACCCAAGCCGAGCCACUGAAAUCCUACAAGUUUUCAAGCAUCAGAACGCGCCGCUCUGGAAACGGUUGGCCGAGCUUCAAACGAGCAAGGAGUACAUUUGGACGAAAAACGACAAGACUGAAAAAGGAAAACCAAUUACCGAGAUCGCAGAAAUGGGCUUGUCGGCCCCAUAUCUGGCCACAGAUUGUGUAGGAGCCUUGUUCCGCGAAUUGAAACAUUAUGCUUCCAGCGGUGAAAUUAAGGUGCUCGUGGCCAUCGAUGACGCCAAUUCAUUAUGGGGGAAAACUUUGGUGAAGAAGGCUGAUCGAACUUAUGCUAAACCUCACGAGCUGGCCCUCGUCAAUCACUAUCGUAAUCUCUUGACAAACGAAUGGAGCAAUGGUGCCACGCUGUUGAUUUCUGAUGUCCAUGACAAGUUGACGGUUCCGUUGAACACGCCACUCGAACUCUUCGGAGAUGAGGGAUUUGAUUUCAUAGAUCCGUUCAUCCCGAUUGAAACCCUUUUGUACACUAAGGAAGAGACCGACACCAUCUACGACUACUAUAUGGAGAAAGGCUGGCUAACCACCCAAGGGGCCCAGAACAACGUCGGGCGAAUACAAAUCCGUGAACUCGCCGGAUACAACCCUUACAACUACGAAAGAUUAUGUGCCUUUGUAAAUAUCCACCCUGGAAGUAGUGCUAUGUCGCUCGACACUGGCAACUACGAUUCGGCUGAAGUCGCCGAUUCAUGGGAAGACAACCCGGACAAGGCAGUAGAAGUUUUGGCGGAGAAGAUGAAACAGGUACAAAUUAUGAAACGCAGCGACGCCGAGCGCAAAGCCCUUGCUGAACGCACGCAGAAGGAAAAGGAUGAGAAAUUGGAAGUGGAUCGAAUUGAAAAGGAACGUCGGGUUGCGAUGGGGCUCUCCACGGAAGGUCGAGACACUUCCCCUCCGAUCCAGAUGAAACUCAUGCGCCGCAAGGCCGAUGCUCCCAAGAUCGAGCCGGAUGAGGAGGCCAACAAAAAGCCACAAAAAUCUUUGGAGGAGCGUACGGCCGACUACCACAAGGCACGGACGCGAAUCUUUGGCGAGGACUACAAACCCGAAGCCGAGCCUACACCGGCGCCGGUGCUUAAUCCGCCGCCUAGGAGCAAGAGCCCGGAAGUCGUUACGGUUCGUCCGGCCCCUACGCGCGGCAACACGCAGAUCCCGUUGCGCCAGCCUCCAGGCUUUCAACAGGUUCCAAUGCAGCAUAUGCAGGCUAACCCCUUCCACAACGGCUACACGUCUCCAAUCACAAUGCCAAACCAUUAUGGGGCGAUGUUAGACGGGACUGCAUGGCAAGGUACACGGGUAGCCGAGGAGCCGAUGCGCAACAACAUCACCUCGAAGCCGUCGUUUCCCACACCUAUCCCACCGCAGAAAGCCAUCAAGUUUAAUGCAUCGGCUCCGCCGUUUUGCCCGCGCCAAGACACCCCGCCGAUGGAUGAGAUGUGCGGCGACCAAACGAACAUCUCCGACGAUUACGAGCACCUGAUGCCGGUCCCGCCGCAUUUGUUGAACAACAUGCCGAACCCGUAUCUCGUGGUGUCCUCCCAGUAUACACCCCCGCACCCUCAGCCGUCGCCGUCGCAGAUCAUCAGCGUCACCCAGGUUCAAAUGGUGCAGUCGCAGCCCUUCCCUCAGCCAUACCCUGCCGCAUAUAUUGGAUCUUCAGGAUUCGCCGGCCCUACCCCGAACGAGUAUCAGCAGGGCUAUAAUGUGACACCGUGUGCUGGUACCGCUCCAAUGGAAUACGGCCAUCAUCGCCCUGGGGAAUACAUUGUUGCUGGGCAGCACCCUCGCAGUCCUGGGCAGCCGGUGUAUUUCGAUCCUUCUAAACCGCCGCCACACCAUGUUGUACCUGGAGCUAGUCAGUGUUAUUCCGCGGCCCCUUCGAACUCUGCAAUCUACUACCUGCCAGCCAGCCAGCAGCCAGCCCCCGUUCAGCCGGCCCCGCUGCCGUUGAUGUCGAUAAAUACGAUGCCGCCCCCCGAUUUCCAACGCGUCGCUGCGAAUUGCGAUUUCUACAACGACCAACACGGCAAACAGCCUUCUGGCGGCACCCGCCAGCAUAAUGGACAGAAAAAGCGGUCUAGACCUAAGAAGAAC